UCUUGCAGAGCCACGAUAAUAAUGUCAGGCUGUAUUGCUUCUUACGGGCCAAGAUAUUAUAACCAAAACCCAAUUCAAUUUAAUCGUUGUGCGUCUGUCGUUUCAGGCGACCUCAUUCUCAAAGCGCGAAGCAGCCGAAAUGGAAUGUGAAUAACUUGGGUGAGGGAUCCGCACAACAGGCGGCCCUUUUGACUUUCAACCACGCUUUUAAAUUCUGCCCGUCACUGAGGACGAAGCAGAUUCACGAAAUGGGUAGCGAAGGUGACAUCGGAGUGAACGCCAGGAAGCCGAGAGUAUUGUGCCUUCAUGGCUUCAGAACGAGUGCAGAAAUUCUUAAGAAACAGAUACACAAGUGGCCGGAAUCCCUGCUCCAGAAGAUGGAUCUCGUUUUCGCCGAUGCUCCGUUUCCCUGCCAGGGCAAAUCCGACGUCGAAGGCAUCUUCGACCCUCCUUAUUACGAGUGGUUCCAGUUCAACAAGGAAUUUACAGAAUACACGAACUUCGAUGAAUGCCUGAAAUAUAUAGAGGAUUUCAUGAUCGAGCACGGGCCCUUCGAUGGUCUUCUAGGUUUCUCUCAGGUAAAAUUUUUUUUCCCCUCUGACGAAUUUUGCAGUAUUCAUUAUUCAAAUCCAUCGGCCUCCAAGCUGAAGCUGGUGAAAUGUUUGAAUGUGAGAAUACAGGGAGCGAUAUUGUCCGGUGGGCUGCCGGGUCUCCAAGAGAAGGGUGUGGCAUUAAACAAGGUUUCGAAAGUGAAAUUCUUGAUAAUAAUAGGAGGAGCUAAGUUCAGGGCACCUUCGGUGGCUGAGAAAGCAUAUGCUUCACCAAUUUCGUGCCCCUCCCUCCACUUUCUAGGGGAGACAGAUUUUUUAAGACCGUAUGGGGCUGAACUGCUGGAAUCAUGCGUUGAACCAGUGGUAAUUAAGCACCCUAAAGGCCACACAAUACCAAGAAUAGAUGAUGAUAGUUUGAAGACCGUGACAAGUUUCAUCGAAAGAGUUCAAAAGUUAUGCGAGGACCAGAAAUAAACAUAGAUGGGCUAAUUUGCCCGCCAGGACGUCAUUAUUUUUGUGUCUUGUUAAUUUAGUAGCUCCAUGCCUAUUCUAUCUCUCAGGUCUGAAGUCUGUACGCACGCGCACAUUUUUUUUUUCUUUUGGUUUGUCAAAAAUCACGGAAACCAUUUAUGUCUACAAAAUUAAAAAUUAAUUAAACUGAAUAAUAGAUCGAGAUAAA